GGCGUUGGCACAGACUGUGGUGGCGGUGGAGAGGGUCAACUCGCGGUGUUUCAGAAGUGCUGUUGGUAUCGUCUCGAACUACUGCCAGUGGAUCUUCUUCAAGACUGACUUUGACACUGAAAAAGGGAUGAUCAGAGUAUCAACUGACCACGACACGUUAACGUCUACGCUCGACGAGAUAGCCCAUCCAGUAAAACUACCAAAAUGGUGGGAUAUGAUACAAUAAAGGUGUUGGUACCUGGGGCUGCUGGAGUCUGAGAAAGGGGAAGAGUGGGAUGCAAGGAGAUCUUUUUGCAGACCACGUUUACUCGUUGACCUUUUUUCGGAUGUAAAAACAAAAAUAACUUGGUUGUGCUCUUGCGCUCAUCAACAACUGGCGUCGUAUGGGUGUUCUUGCAAGGUGGAGACAAGUCUCGAAUGUGGCCCAAAGGCUACAUCCUCGUGGUUGCUAUUCCAUUCAACGUCUGCGCCGGUUUAAAACCUACAUGGACGAGUCAAACUGCGGACGACUUCUAUCGGUGUGUCUACUCACACCGAUGCCUUGUGUAGCAUUGGCCACGCUGGUGGAAUCAGUACCUCUCGACUCUCCUGAAGCCGGGCCGUAUAAGAACUACAUUUUCUGGAUUCGAGCUUGGAUCGUUACAGCGUUUGUGGAUUAUUCCAUGGUCAUUCAAAUGAGUCAAAGUCUCGCGCGGCUGAAGAUGGAGCACAGCUACAUCGUGAUGAUUGCUCUGGCUGGGAGCAUGAUUUCGUUUGGUGUUGUGUUCGCCGUGGCUGUGUGGAUUUCAUUCCCUGUUCCGUUCAGUAUGCUUGUGGCUUCACCUCCGAGUGUGGUCGUUAUCUUGGUUAGUAUUGGAUUUAUAUGGAGAGAACGGUGGCGUUCCGAUGCAGCUUUACGUCAAGAUCUCGUUCGACACACCAUGGUAUUCAUGUGCCAAGUAGCGCUAACUUUCAUUUAUCCUCUGUACAUCUUUGGUUUCUCCUCUAUCAGUGGCGUACGGCAACUAUUCUAUGUACUACUGCUACCUGUUAUCAAAUCGGCGAGUAGGAAUUGGAUCAGUUACACCUUAGCAGGCCAAGACGAUAUCAAACCAGAAGUUGUUAUAUUCAACGUCGAGGUUUUCAAUGCCCUUUACGUAUCCUCAGCGGUCCAGCAUUCAUCAUCACUUGGAACUACGGUAGCUCUCAUGCUUAUUGAUGUGAUCCACUUUUGGUUUUCCAUGCGGGGCACUACUGCAGUAUUAAAGAAGGUGAAAGAGUUAAUGGCGAAGAUUCCACCGCAUCAUCCAAUUGCCAAGGAGAAUUUUGUGGAAGUGGCGCUAAGAAUUCUGGCAAUUCAAGAUCGCGCUCAAUCUCACGAACGGCUACGAAGUCGGUUGAAUAAGACAAACAAGUCAUUGAUACUUGAACCAAUUCAGACAUACAAGAAUUCGAGCGAGGAUAUUUCGCUACGAGCUCCAACUCGCGCAGAAAUUUUGUCGGUGAUUCGAGUCGGUUCACGAGACGUGGGAGCAUUUAAGCGCUUGAUGAGGAAAGCGUCAAAAGUUUUCCCUGCUACUCCUGUUCAGCAGACCAAAAUGGUACACAUGUCUUCAGGUCCGAGAAUGGAUUUCAAGCAACCCGUUGCACCUUGCUUAGGACUGGAAGCCAUUUUCUCUUGUAAUGAGCGCGAGGCAUUCCUAAACACAACAACACAUGUGCUGUAUAUCACUGAAUAUCUCGUGCUGGUAGAAUACACGGAAGCAGUGCUUCCUAUGGUCUACGCGCUGUACUCGAUGAUCGCUUUCCACUUGCCGAAUUGUACUUACAAUCUAUCGCUCGCAAACCUGUCGAAGAACGAAUUACUCACGAAUGUCAGCUUUGUGGUGGCCUAUAGUAUGCUGGAAUUGACGUCAUUGAUGGUGGCAAUGGUCGUACUCAAACGCGUGUUGGGCAUAUCACCUGUACACCAACUCGGUUUUGUUCUGGAGACGCAGGCGACAAUGGUUCAAUCUAAGUUGAUGCUAUGGUUUGUGUACGUGAUGCAGGUUCCACUCGAACACGUUGGCACCGACUUCAGCUUUAAGUUUAAAUGGGCCCACACAGCUCACCAGGAAAGCGAAACUUGA